UAUUUUCACAUUAUUCACCAUUGGACAACAUUUACGUUCACAAAAAAUUUUAAUUUCUUUUAUAUAAAUUCUUUUCAAAGCGAAGAUUAUUAUUCACUAGGAAUACUUUCUCUUCUGGGCCGCAAAGCAACCUAUAUUUAACUACUUUUUUUAUAUGAUUUUACUCAUCCAAGCACCACCAAAGCCAAAUUAAUUGCAUUUUUAACUACGAAUUUCGACAACUCAACUUGACAACUGCACAAUGUAACCUACAAUAAUUUAUACAUAACCACAAUUAGAUUUAUAACUAGCUUAUAGUUUGUUUUAAUCAAUGCGACCAACUUGACAACUGUAUUUACCAACCAAAACCCUAAAUUUGCAACGUUGCCGCAGUCCAGAUAAAAAAAAUGAACUUUACAUAAAUGUUGCAAAACAUUAUGGGUUGAGACAUUUUCGAUGUCAAAAGUCAGGCUUAAAGCCUGAUUUAUAGAUUGCCUUCCUCCCUUCCUUCCGUAAAAGAUAAACAAUACGAAAUUCGUAGUGCCAUUUAUAGAUUCCCGUACGGGUGUAAUUUUGACAAAACCUAUUGGCAACACUGUUUUCAGAGAUAUAGGGUUAUCUCUGGUUUUCCCCUAUAUCGCAUCAAAAAGGCCACUGCAAAGAUAAUGCAGUUUUUAGGUUCACGCCUUAAAAACAUAUUUGUAUGUGUGUACUUCAUUAGUGGAAUCAAAGAUGGAUAAUCUUUUAGAUGGCAUCCAAAACCUCGAUUUAGCUUCUAGAAGUGUUGAAGAUCCCAAACUUAUAAGAAAAAACGAAGCAUUCCUGAAAGACCUGUUGGAAUUGGUACCGGAAUUUAAGACGUGGGAAAAUCAGACAUUUGAUAAACCAUUUCAUUUGGUUUUGGGUGACUUUCCUCAUGUUACCUUACGACGUUAUGGUUCAUCUACAACUUCUGCAAAAAAACCAUACUAUAAAUUAAAACAUGUUUAUCGUGUUGAAAAUCCUUUCAUUUUGGCCCAGUUUUAUUUGAAGAAAGUUCAGCUGGAACAACGAAAUGGUACAGUGACAAAAUGCAAAUAUUUUCAUGGCACAAAAGGACACAAUUUGGAGCCGAUUUGUUUAAACAAUUUUAAUUGGCGCAACUUCAGCAGAGGUGUAAGUUUUUCACCAAAAUUCAUUUAUAGCAACAGUUCCACUAGACGUUUCAACAUCUCCAUAGGACCAAUGCUAAAAAACUGUUUAUUAGCAAUUAAUGAAAAUGAGCAACUACUUAAUGCCAUGUUUUUUUCUCAAGUUCUUACGGGAAAAUGUCAAAGACUAUGUCCUUUAAAUAAAGUUCCAUGUAAGGGAUAUGAUACUACUUCAAAUACAAGAUACUCAGUAUUUGUGAAAUAUGAAGAUUUUGAAUAUUAUCCUCAAUACCUUAUUUUAAUGACUGCAAAAAACAUUCCAAAAGUAACCGUUAAAAAACUUAGAAAAAUUCCAAAAGAAACUGUUAAAAAAUUUAAUCACCAUAUUAAAGAUGGAUUUUAUUAUUAUAGUCGUAAAAGAUUUUUGUACAAUAAACCUUUUAAGUAUAAUUAUCAAAAUGAAUAUGGUUUUUAUUAUAAUAGAGAUAGUGAUGAUUAUGAUUAUUAUAAUGAAUAUGGUUUUAAUUAUGGUAGAGGUAUUGAUGAUUAUGAUAUACCUUAUUAUGAUAGCGAUAGUGAUGAUUAUGAUAUACCUUAUUAUAAUGAAUAUGAUUUUUGUGAUGAUCCUGAUUUUGAAGUGGCAUCAAUUUCAACCAAAAAUCAAAGAAAACAGCUGAAAACAAAGUUGCUUCGAGUAUUAAAUUGGGUAAAGUCGUAUUAUUAA